AUGAACAUUUGUCGCCUUGUUCGACCUGAAAAUAUUAUCUCGCUGGAUUUCGGAACUCGAUGUUACAAAAUCAAUUGGAUCGAAUUAUCUCUACCAAUGAUCAAAAUCGGUCAAUUUACUCGACUUCACUCACUAUGUCUUCAUCGAACUAACAUCAAUGACUUAAACAUCAUCUUACAUCAUGUUGCUGUGAACUGUAAGCUAAGAUCAUUUGCCAUCUACUCAGACAUACCAAAAGAAAGUGAAGAUACAUUAGAACUUCUCUCUCAAAUUAUCGCACAACCGACUCUUCAUAAUAUUAUUCUCUACUCAGAUCUCCGUGAUAAAAAUAAACUACCAUGGCCUGCCCUGUCCACAAUUGAGACAUUAUCUUUGAGUACUUGUACCAUCGAACAAUUGCGUUCAAUUCUCGGCAAUUCUCCUUGCAUUCAUUCUUUGACCAUGGACAAUUGUUAUAUCCAUGAGAUAGAUGAAACUAUUUUAUUCAACUCAUACCAAAAAAUAACAUCUCUGACACUCAAUGAUAUACGAACGACAAUGGAUAAACUUGAAUUAUUACUUUCUUUACUUCCGUCUAUCACUCAUCUAGAUAUCGCCAGUGCGGGCAGACCGUUUGAAUUUGCUCGACGAUUAUCUCGAUGGGAAGAAUUUGUCCGAACAAAAUUACCUAAACUUUCUCGGUUCGAAUUUUGCAUAUUUUGCUACUGUUCAAAUUGGGAGAAUUUCGAAUCAUUAAUAGACUCAUUCCGAACACCGUUCUGGCUCGAAGAGAAACGUUGGUUCGUUACAUGUCAAUUUCGUGACGACUGGACAUCAAGCUUUACUAUUUUUACAUCUCCCGAAUCGACAAUACAUUCUUAUCAAGGAGGACAUCACUUUGAUAAAGUUACUUGUUCUACAUAA